UUGACAACACCAUGAGAUCUCUUUGCAUUAUUCUUCUGGUUGCCCUUAGCUGCCUGGCUCUGGCUGAGGGACAAUGCCCCCAGAACUGUGGCAGGAUCACUCGUCCUGUAUGUGCCACUUGGACACGUCGUGGCAUUAGCGACACCUGCACUUUCAAAACCCUAUGCGCCCUGCGAAAUCAGAUUUGCCAGCGCCGUCAAGAUUGGAUUCUAAAUAGAAACUCAUCAUGCAUUUUGGAAACAAGGAACUGCAGAUCUCUACUACAGUAAAAGGAUUUUAAUUUGUUUUGUCCAGGCCCUAAUUAAAUAAACUUGCAUAUUAAUCAC